AUGUCGUCACUCUCACUUCUCCCUCCUAUGCCGUCGCUUUCACUUCUCCCUCCUAUGCCGUCGCUCUCACUUCUCCCUCCUAUGCCGUCGCUCUCACUUCUCCCUCCUAUGCCGUCGCUCUCACUUCUCCCUCCUAUGCCGUCGCUCUCACUUCUCCCUCCUAUGCCGUCGCUCUCACUUCUUCCUCCUAUGCCAUCGCUCUCACUUCUCCCUCCUAUGCCGUCGCUCUCACUUCUCCCUCCUAUGUCGUCACUCUCACGUUUCCCUCCUAUGCCGUCGCUCUCACUUCUCCCUCCUAUGCCGUCGCUCUCACUUCUCCCUCCUAUGCCGGCUUUCCUGGCUAUGGCUCCUGAUUCUACCUAUUAUCUUCGUACGUCGCUCUCACUUCUCCCUCCUAUGCCGUCGCUCUCACUUCUCCCUCCUAUGUCGUCGCUCUCACUUCUCCCUCCUAUGUCGUCGCUCUCACUUCUCCCUCCUAUGCCAUCGCUCUCACUUCUCCCUCCUAUGCCGUCGCUCUCACUUCUCCCUCCUAUGCCGUCGCUCUCACUUCUCCCUCCUAUGCCAUCACUGUCACUUCUCCUCCUAUGCCCUCCCACAUCCCCGUCGCACUUCUGCACUGGGCAGAUUUGUGCUGCACCGCGCUGGGGAGCUCUAGGGGCAACGUUCGCGGGCGGCGACGGGCAGAUUUGUGCUGCAGAGUGUGCAGAGUUCUUGCAUACUUGUGCUUGCUUGAGCGCCAUUGGGAAGUGCAUAAGGAACACGGCGACGGCGCCACACUUCUGCACCGGGGAGCUCUAG